AUGGCAAGGACUGUCUCUCGGAAUCCCCAGUCAGAAAACUGUGCGCUCCUCUUUCCCCCAGGGAAUCCCAGGCCGCCCGGCUGUUUGCAUCCCGGCACCGCCCUCCUCCACCUCCUGGAGGUCCUCCUCCACCCCUGGGCCCCCGAGAGCCCAGGGAUCCCGCCGCGCUGCGUGGGCGGCGGCCUAAGCCUCGGUCCCGGAAGGCCUCACACCUCGGCGGCCGCUCCGCGACCCCGACGACCGCGGAGCCGCAGCCAGACGCGAGCCGUUUGGACCCUGCGCGGCCCCCGUAGCGCGGCUCCUCCAGCAGGUGGUUCUGGUCCUCCGCGGUCCGUCACCCGCGGACCUCUCCUCGGCGCCGGCGUCCGCGUCCGCCGCGCAGCACCGCGACCCUCAGGAAAGAAGUCCCGCGCGCCGCUGAGGGCGCCAGGCCUGCCGGUCCGCUCGGCUCCGCCCGACCGCCCGCCCACCGCGCGCUCACUCGGCCGGCCGCGGGCCCGUUACUGCGGACGCCCCGCGCCCCGCGCCCAACGCCCGGGGCUGCGCGGGAGCGGCGGGGAGAGGAGAGCGGCCGCGCCGCGGCGAGGCCCGGCUCUGACGCCGCGUCUCGGCUGCAGCUGCUGCGGCUCGCCCAGCCCUGCGCUCGCUCGGUCUCCGGGGACUUGGCUGAGAAGUUUUGGAGCAGCCGGAACCCGCUCGUGCGUGAGAUUGGGCGUCGGUGCCCGAAGGAGGGAGAGCGAGGACGCGGACGGACGGCACACCGCCCUCCUCCCGGCGGCCAGAGGUAGACGUGCCUUCCCCGUCGACGCUUUCGGUCGCUAACGCCCCGCGCUGGGGUCGCCAGCU